CAGGAUUUAGUAUGGUCACCUGAUGGAGAACUAAUUGCAACAGCUUUACAUGCUCGUGGCAUAGUGCAAGUAUGGAAAAUUGAUGAUCCAUCAUGGACAUGCAAAAUUGAUGAGGGGGAUUGGGGACUAACCUCUUCACACUGGUCACCUGAUUCUCGACACAUUCUCAAUACUUCAUUAUUCCAUAGCAGGAUCUCAAUUUGGUCCCUGAUCAACAAGCAAAUGAUGUAUAUUGAUAGUCCCAAAGAGUGUCCAGGGUGUGGUUUUGCAUUCACAUCAUGUGGUCAGUACUUGGCUGUACCUGAAAAAAGAGGUGGAGUGGAAAGUGUCAUCAUCCUCUCUACAUCCUCAUGGCAACUUGUCACUAGAUUUGAAACAGAAACAUCAGAUUUGGGUGGUCUUUGUUGGUCUCAUGAUGACCUCAUUGUUUGCAUCUGGGAUGGUCCUGUACACUUCAAGGUUCUCUUCUAUUUACCAUUUGGAGAACUUUUGGGCAAGUUUGAACCUUCUGAAUGCAGCAUUGGAAUCAGCUGUGUGAGGUGGGCUCCAACUUCAGCACUUGUUGCAAUUGGGAGUCAUGAUAAUAAGGUUAGACUUGUAAAUGGUUUGACUUUCCACAUGGCCGUUUGCUGGCACACUGCCUUGGAAGAACUUGACUCAGAGGACCUUGAAGAUGCUAUCAUCUAUGAAGAAGUCCCCAUCAACUCUGAUUCUGAAGAAUCCUCACUAUUUCCAGAUACUCGAUAUCGUGUGGCUUCGUGGACAAUUCCGGACAAAGAGGGUUGUGAAUCUCCAGUGAUGCCAAAAAUGGGAGAUAUUCAACUGACAUUCAGUCCUUCAUCACACCACAUUGCUGGACACAGCAAAGGGUCUCCCAUGCAUCUCUUCAUCUGGGAUCUCAAGAAAACAUUCUCCCUCAAGGCAGUCCUCAUCCAGAUGAACCCUAUCAAACACUUUGCCUGGGAUGCACAAGAAGAAUUCCUGGCUGUGUGCACUGGGAAUGACAAGGUGUAUAUGUGGUCCCCAGAAGGGUGCCUAGCAGUGCGAGUACCUCAAGCAAACACAGAGCUGGACAUCUCUCGUUUAAAGUGGCAGCCUCGCUCUGGUACCGAACCCUCUGCUCACACCAGUCUCUGUGUUGUUGGUUCCAGUCAUAUUUCAGUGUGCAUCAUGGACUCUGUUGGAGUAUUGGAAAGUGCAGCUAGUGCAUCAUCAGAAGAUUCUUCCUGUUCCCGGUGAACAAUGAUUACGUGUCGUGGCAUGGAUCAUGCAGGGAGACUCGGAGAUAAAAAUGUCUGCUCCCACUGAGAGAAGUAAUGUUCUCUUUUGUGCAGGACAUUUUAUAUUAUCUUUUGGCUUUGUAUUUUUUUGGAUUGGAAAUGAAGUCAAUUGUCUUGCAAA